UGCCUGAGGAGCGGCGCACUGACACACCUGGCGGCCGUUGUUUUAAACACUACUUUUUAGGUUGUCUGCUAAGUGUUGAACAUUAGAAAAAUGGCUGGUGUCUUAAGAAAGGCUACUACUGGGUUGACUGGGUUGGUAGUGGCUCAAAAUCCCCAUCACACUUUAAGUGUGCUUUAUGGCAAGAUUCUCCGUACUUUGCAAAACAUGCCUGAAGAUGCUGCUUAUCGUCGGUAUACUGAACAGAUAAUCAAGGAGCGAGCAUUGGCAGUGACUGAGGAGAAGGAUAUUACCAAGCUAGAAAAACGUAUCAAUUGUGGACAAGUAGAAGAACUUAUUGUUCAAGCUGAGAAUGAAUUGACUUUGUCAAGAAAAAUGCAGGCCUGGAAACCUUGGGAACCCCUUGUUAGUGAGCCACCUGCUAAUCAGUGGAAAUGGCCAAUUUAGGUGUGGUAAAAAUGUAAAUGGCAAAAAAAAGUAAUAAAGAAAUAGUGGUGUAUUACAGAUAAA